GCAUGCUGGUAGGAUACUCCAGUAAAAUCUCUGUGCUCUAUAUGAGGUUGAAUUUGGCAAUUCGAUAACUUGGCAGUUUCCAGAGUGUAUCAGUUGCAUCUUUCUUCAAUUUUAAAGAGUGACAAGUUAGAUGAUAUAAAAAGAAAAAUGUCCAGCGUGGAUUGGGAAGAAAUUAAGAGGCUAGCCGCUGAUUUCCAGAAGGCACAGCUCAGCUCGACUUUACAAAAGCUUUCUGAACGAAAUUGUAUAGAGAUUAUAACAACAUUGGUAGAAAACAAGCUUCUAGAUAUUAUAUUUACUAAUGAUGGCAAAGAAUAUGUAACUCCCCAGCAUCUCGGAAAGGAAAUCAAAGAUGAAUUGUAUAUUCAUGGUGGAAAAGUUAGUUUAGUUGACCUAGCACAAAUUCUUAAUGUUAAUUUAUCACAAGUAACCAAAGUAGUAACGGAGAUUGAAAAGCACAAUAAAGGACUAAAAGUAAUAUUGGGACAACUCAUCGAUAGGAGUUAUAUAAAUAAAAUUGCAGAAGAGAUAAAUGACAAGCUCAUACAACACGGUUGUAUUAAUGUAGCCGAAUUGACACUUACUUAUAAUUUACCUGCCGAAUUUUUACAAUCAGUUAUUGAAAAAGAGCUAGGAAAGAUAAUACAUGCCACACAAGAUCUCCAAGAUCCUAAAAUUUUUUAUACUGAAAGUUUUGUAGCUAAAAAUAGAGCAAAAAUUAGAGGUGCUUUGUCUGCUGUGACAAAGCCUACACCACUAUCUGCAAUAUUAGGUCAAUGUGGUGUUCCAGAAAGGAUAUUUUUCUCAAUUCUGGAUGGUUUGCAAGAAGUAAAACAGGUGCCUGGAGUUGUAACUGGGAAACAGAGUGGAAACAGCAUUUAUAUACCUACUAUAUAUUCUAAAAGUCAGAAUGAGUGGGUUGAAAACUUUUAUAAGCAGAAUGGAUAUUUAGAAUAUGACGCGCUAACAAGACUCGGGAUAUCGGACCCAUCAGGUUAUAUAAAGCGUCAUUUUCCAAACGAGACCAUGAUCUAUUUAAAAUCAGUAGCUGUGGGAACAGUGGUAAUGGAUCAAGUUGACGCUAAUAUUGAAGAAAUCGUUGCGACUGGGUCUUUCGUUGAUCUUUAUCCUCUUUUACCAUCUGUAUUUAGUGAUGAAGAUGCGGAAAUUCUUCUGAAAUUAGCUACAAAGAAGACAAAGGUCAAUGUGCAUAUAUUUGCAAAAACAGUUGCAGUUUCUGAUGUCUUCUUACAGACUUUAACUAAAUCUCUUGAAACAGUAGCGGAACAGAAGGCUCGAGAAAUAGUAGCUAAUGGAAAAUGGGUUCAAUCUAUUGUUGAAAAUAAAUUGAAAUCAAAAUCUGCGAAUCUAAUAAUUGAAAGUAAAACGAAUAAAAAAGAAGAACGAAGAAAAAAAGCAGUUGUUGGUAAAGCGGGUGGUGGUAGCCAAGGCAGGGAAACCAAGACAAAGUCUAUAAAAAAGAAGUAUCUUCAAGGAAAGAUACAAGAAAAUGAGUCCGAUGAAGAUGAGACGAGACAAAUAUCAGUCGGAAAAGGCGAGAUUACUUUAAUAUCUUUGGAAGAUGUAAAAGCGGAAGUUAUGAAAGAUGAGAAUAUAUCCAUAAUUGAAGAUUUGGCGGACGAAUUAGCGCAUCAUCUGCAACCGAAAUUGAAUAAAUCCGCUUUAUCAUUGGCAGAGCAAUUAGCGCAAUCCAACAAGACCACGAACCUAAGCGAAAUUAGCGAGCGCCUAAAUAUUCUAAUAACGAAUAUUCGAAUAUUCGACAAGGGCAUCAAACAUUUAAACAAAGCAGAUCAAGCCCCACUGACCAAAUAUCUACUCAAAUCGCUAUGUCUCGAUUUUGUAACAAGUAUAUUUAAGUUGGCUGCUCAACAGAAUAUGUUACAAGUGACAGAGAAUCUUACGACAGAGAUGAGACAAAGACUAUUGCUCGAACUACCUGCAGAUGUUAAAGAACCAUUGACUGCUAUCCAUAAAACAGUAAUGGGAGAUUCGGUGGAGGAUUUUUUGAAUACCGUUGAUGCAGCGAUGGCAUCUUGCUGUUUGGUUCUAAAAAAGUAUGAUAAAAAGAAAGAGCGACCGCAGAUAUACGCUCACAGAGAAGCUCUGUUGGAGGAAUUGAACGCCACACAGGAUCCUGCAUUGGCGUUGCAUCUAGUUACUAGUGUGCUUUUCACUGCUGCUACGCAAAAUGCCCUACAUAUGUCUGGCAGACAUGUAACAACUGUUCUCGCAUUCCUCCAAAAGCAAUUAGAGUCUGAUGCAAUAUCGAUUCUUUCCAAACACCAUGAUUUGGUACUCAAUUUACUAAGCACUUCUGAUGAAAACAUAAGAAUGGAAGUUUCGAGAGCCUUGGAAGAAGGGUUAAUAGAUAUAAAAAAUAUUGCCAAUGAUUUUAAGCAACAUGUGAAAACAGACAAGUCUUGAGAGGGAUUAUAUGAUCAAUUACAUAAUAUAAAUAAUGUAAAAUAAUUUAGAUUUACUCACCUUAUUCUAAUAUUUGUAUAACAUAAUUAGAACAUUGUAUUUUAUGAUAAAAUAUAGAGAACAUAUAUUAAAAUUUAAAAA